AUGACUAAAGGUCUGACCUUCGAUGUCCGCUACGACAACGAGCUCGCCCAUCAAUACUACGGGGAAGGGGAACGGCUCACUAAAACGCUCCAAGACGUGUAUAAGGGCAAAAACCUGGAGUUCCCCAAAAAUUUCGAUUCCACACAGACCACCCCACCGAUCUACUUCAUGUCGGUCGAGGCGCCUGACGAUGUAGAUGUGGACGGACUGAGGAAUGUGGAUGUCCCUUCAGGCUUGAAUGUCGAGAUUCUCGACUUCGAUUGA